CCAACCCUCCUCCGACGACACCACCGGCCCCAGCUGCAACACCGCCAGGCAGCGUCCCAUGCUUCUCUCUCCCACCAUCACAAGGCCCACGCGAGCUGCGACAUGGCGGGCACUGGUCCAGCAUCCCCGCCAUUCGCCGCGAAGGUGCCUUAGUGCAGCGGUGCGUCUGCAGCAGAGCACAGCGUCAGGACUUCCGCACCCUCACCCCUCGACCAGCCAUGGCGUCUUCAUGGGCACUGUUGCUGCUCCAUCCUCCCAGGAAACCAGCAUCGACGAGAUCAUCGCCAAAAUAGAACCUGCAGCUCGCGGCAAGCCUGUCCAAGUGAGCGCGACGCCAUCCCUGCUGUCUCUGCUCGUGUCUUCGUCGUUCGCGAGGCAUGCGCUAGACCCAAACUUCCCUUUGAAAGUGUUGCAGCGCUUCUCUGCCAAUCCUACUGCCUCAAAGCCACUCGAUGCCGUCGUUGCCGUGGUCGACCGAUUGCCCGCGCCAGGAGGUCCCCCGUCUGGCGUGGAAGGCAUUGCAUAUGCCCUUGUCACUGACCCGCUGCAAUCACUCCUUGAGGCGCAAACGCCACUGCAGUCGAGCACUACCAAGCCAGGCUCGAUGUCGUUCGCGAUGAGGCAUGGUGAUUCUUGUCGCGUAGAUGCUCAGCUUCCGCUGGCGCAGACCAUUUUUACCACCGGAAUGCCAUCCACCUUGCUCCACAUACGAUAUCAAUUUGAUCCACUGAGUGGACAGCUGCGUAAGCAGGCUUCUCAGCGCCUGGAAUCUGCUCACAUCAGCUUGCCAGACACGCUUGGCCAAGGAAACAUAAAAUUGCAAGCGCAGUUACUGCCGCUCACGGUCCCACGACAGGUUGUCAGCUCAAUGGGAAACAUUGUUAGAAAGCUAGCUGCGCCAGAAUCAGGCUCAAAGAUCAUCUCGGCUUCGCAGGAACUGGAAGCUGCUGUGUCCAGCUAUUUCGCUAGCAAGCAAAAAGCUCCUGAAGCGGUUCAGGUGUGGGCACUCAUCCUUCCUCCGGAGCUAGGUGAUCCUCGUGCUGCCGCGGAAGCUUUAUCUACAGCGCUGCAAAGGCUUGACUCCAAGUCAAUCGAAGGUAUUUGGGCUGCCGAUGGCUCGCGCGGAUUGAUGAGCUCGUCGCCACGUGACGAUUUGCUUCCUACCCUCGUCUCAGGAGCCAGACUGUGUAGGGUCUUGUCAGGGGGCGGAGGCUGGGGAAAGAAAGCCGGUCUGUUGAGUCUCGACCCAGAUUCACAAUACAGCACGCGUGAACUUCGCAGAGAUCAAGGAUGGGAUUUCACCUUCGACGGCGAUAGCGCUGAAGAGAUGCUCGCCAGUGGACGAAAGCAAGCUUUGGGCGAAGUGACCCGUGAGGGCGAGAGCAUUGUGUUUUUCCUAGUCACCCCGAGCGAAUGGGAAACGGGUUCCAAUGCGGACUUGGUAGACGAUGUACGUCACAAGGAGCCCGGUGACAUCGUGUUCGGCGCGCUCCCUGCCAGCGUCGAAUCUGAUCAGACUUCGGAAAGAACUUCACAAGUGACACACCACAACUGGCGCUUUGGUGCGCUGAGCGAAGGAGGUCUGGCCUUGACCAUUGCAAAGGAUGGUACGCCGGUUACACGAACGAAAGCAGAUAUCCCUUAUGCAAGACUCAACAUCAGCGGCACCGGGUAACUGAUGCCAAUGUUGGUGACCAAACAGCUGCAACGACAGGCUCACUGCUCGCCGUCCACGUUAGCACACAGUCUUGGGAGAAGCCUAACGACGCAUUCCCUUUACCGUCGUUGCCGCCACAGAGCGGGCAGACACUUCUACUUCUACUCGAACACCGCGCCCUCCGGAUUGGUCGAGGACUAGGAAAUAUUGCUUGUCACCAGUGAGCGGCCCAGUACGCAUGCUACCGACCAGCAUCGAAGAAUCAUGGCAGACGACGUCGAGAACCUCCGACACUUAGCAUCAAACCUUGCUAUUUGCAUGUGACGAGUCCCAUGAAAGACAUAUACUUCAGAAGUUUCACUCUGGUGGGUCGAAUGCAGUCCAGUUUCCAGAUGUGCCACUUUCGGUCUGGAUUGAAGAGGUCUACUCAAAUGGAGGCACGUGUACCUGCUGAGGACGCAUAAUGCUGGUGAUCUAUCACUGAUAUCAAAAUACUGAAGGGACGCGAGAGGAACACUCGAGAGAUGCAUCAGGAGAAUCAAGAUCGAUAUAACUCCGCAGUCGUACGGUGCUAUUGGCCCGGAAUGUGGAAGUCCACUGCGAUUGAUUCAAUGUUCUCUUGACAUCAGGAACAGCAACCACCGCUGCAGGACGAAGGGUUAAUUCACUGGUUUCAUAAACCAGGAAGCUGUAUGAGCAUAGUGUAUGCAGACCGCCACAACCAUGGUCAUUGGCUCGACAACCAAAGACGACAUAGAUAUGCAAAAGGCGUUUGGGAUGAUACUCCGCACAAUUGGUCGCACACGUAGAAGUCCAUAGAGCCUUG